AAACUGCAGAGAAAUACAGUUCACAUCGCAGAUAACUAAAAAAUACAAUGAACUUUGUAGGCAUAUUCUCUGCAAUAUUAUUACUCUUUGGUUUUGUACAGGGACAAAAGGAUCCAAUCUGCAAGAAUGAUCCUGUGGCCACGGGAGAAUGUAAGCAGAUGAUUUCAGGAUACACGUUUACACCGGAAAAUAAUAGUUGUUCCAGCCAUUCUGCCAAUGCCUGUAAAGUCACUGGCAAUUUUUUCAUUACACGGCAACAGUGCGAGGAAAAAUGUAGGGAUGACUUCUCAUGGAGCAAAUUUAUCCUUCAAGGCUACAGUGCCAUGUUCCAGCUUCAGGAUAACUUUUUAAAUCUAAUGAGACGAAUUUCUUAAGUAAAUUAGUUAAUAAAUUUAUUUAUGUGACUAACACAUUUUGAACAUUAUGAAUUUAACAAAAUAAUUCAUAUAUAAACAAAGUGAAUUACAAAUAAACAAAGAAACAUGUUAUAUAUAAAAAUGUA